AUGAAACGGAUUAAGGGGAAUCUUGACACCCCAAUUUCAAUUUCAGAAGAGAUCCUUCUACAAAUACUCCAAGAAAUUCCAGCAAAAUCACUCAUGAGAUUCAAGUGUGUUUCAAGGCAUUGGUGCAGCAUGAUCGAAGGUCAAGAAUUCGUUGACGCUUUUCGGGUUGGCUCCCAUAAGCGUGGCACCAAACUCUUGGUUCGCAAGUCUUGUUCACAAGAUAUAAUGAUUCAUGGUAGAAGGAAAAAUUAUGAUUUCUUCCUAGUGAAUUUACAAGACAAAUCCGUUGUUCCUCUUGCUGCGCCGGUUAUUCUCCAAACAAAUCAAUUUAUCUUAGGGCAACCCGUUGAAGGCUUAGUAUGUUGUAACAACAUUAUAUGGAACCCUACUAUGAAUGAAACCAUUACUCUUCCCCAACGAAAUCCCAGUUCGGACUUGAAGAAGGUUAUUGAAAAUAUGACAAUCCAAGCCGGAAAACACAGUUGGUCUAUCUCGAGUGAUUACUGUCUGGGGUUCGAGGUUUCAAUCAAGAAAUACAAGGUGUUCAGCAUCACUCAUGUGGAUGUGGGGAUGGGAUUGAGUACUGUUGGUACCGAAAACCUUAGUUAUGCAGAAGUUUUGACUUUGGGAUCAAAUAAUUUCUGGAAAAAUACUAAAUGUUCUCUCCCACAAGAGCUUUGCAAAAUCUUCGGCUUCGUUGACAACUACUGUAGCAUCGAUGGCAUCAUCUACAUGAUCAUCUGGUUAAGAAUGUCUUCUUCCGUUCUGGAAUACCGAAUACUGGCUUUUGAUUUAAGUCGUCAAGUUUUUCAACUUUUGCCUCUUCCCGGAGGUGGAGGAGGAGCUGGUAUUUAUAUGCAUUUUGCGGUUGGGGGACGCUUUGCUCUGAUUCAUGGCGCUGAAGGAGAAAAGACUUGGCUAUUGGAAGAAUGUUUUCAGGGUGGAAAGUGGAUUGUUGUGGAUACGCCGUGGCCAGAAUGUUGGAGGUUGAAUCCAGAGAUGAUUGUCAACUGA